AGUAUAUGAACAUAAUACGUAUGUAAGUAGAAUUGCAUUUCAGCAUUCCUGCGUGCGCGUGUGUAGUAGCACUUUAAUGCCAGGAAAUAGUCACUAAUGACAUGGAUGAGCGGCUGAGCACUGCCAUUCGAGCCUCAUCGAAUCAACGUACGAACAUACAUGAAAUGAAAGGCGCAGGUGUGGCGGGUGAGGACACAGGUGUUGCCUCAGCACUGCCUCAAAGGUCUUGGUGGCCGGUCGACGCGUCCACGCUCAGUCAUGACGCAGAACGGACGCGCGAGUCUGUGGGUGGCGGCGGCGGUCCUGCUCCUGGUGGGGGUGGCUCGUGGCGGGCCUGCCGGCACUCGCCAGUUUUCCUCCUGCGGCUGGGACUUUUAUUUGAAUCUCGGGGAAGUAUUCUACAUCGUGUCCCCGGGCUUCCCUAAUCCCUACCCUGUCCCACUGCAGUGCACCUGGCGAGGCAGCUCCGAGCCAGGAACGCUGCUCAGGAUGUGGUGCCCUGUCUUCAAUGUGCCGGUGAGCGAUCGUUGUCUGCGCGAGGGUUUACACUGGGGCGUCGGGAACGGCGGUAUAGUGUUCUGUGGUACCAACGUUGCUCCCCUUACCACCUUCUCCAACAGCCUCCACGCCAGCCUGUACUCCUUCCGGCGGUACCACCUGAACGCUGGACAAGUUUUUUGCGAGGUGCACGUGAUUAAGGCAGACAUUCUCCCCGUGACAAACUCCAAAAGCACCCCGCCACCUCAGCCGCUGAGCCCAGCCCCCUUCAGCCAGUGCGGUGUGAAAGGAGAUUCGCGGGUGGUAGGCGGAUAUGUGACAGUCUUACACGAGUGGCCGUGGCAAGUCGCUCUGCGGAAGAUAAGCGACGAUUUCAUUUUCUGCGGAGGCUCGCUGGUGUCGCCCGAGUGGGUGGUCACGGCGGCUCACUGCAUGCAGUACAUCUUAAAGACUGAUAUGUACGUGACCGUAGGAGACUACGAAAGGGAGAUAUCCACUAACAACCGGCUGAGAGUGGCUGUUGGUGUGGAGACAGUGGUGUCACACCCGCAGUAUGACACCCUCACGGUUGAUAAUGAUAUCGCGUUGCUGCGGCUGAGCAAGGCCCUGGAGUACACACUGGCCGUGGCGCCAAUCUGCCUUCCGUGUGGCAUGUCAGAGACGAAUUUUCAGAAAGGAACGGGGACGGUGACCGGCUGGGGCACCACAGCCUCGAAUGGCAACGUCAGCCAGGUGCUGCUGGAGGCACAACUGCCGUUGCUGACCACCAAGGAGUGCCGAAUCUACCACGGCAAUAGCGUCACCACCAACAUGUUGUGCACGUACCAGGAGGGCAAGGACGCUUGCCAGGGGGACUCCGGGGGACCACUGGCUUGGAAAGACGCUGCGAAUCUCUACUACCUGGCGGGCGUGGUGUCGUGGGGCUACGGAUGUGCUGACGCUAACUCGCCGGGGGUUUACACAAAGGUGACGAAAUACCUGGACUGGAUACAGAAAGAAACCUCCAUCAACUUCUGUGGCGGCGGCCGCUGAGGCUCGGCAGUCGCUGCACGACCCCCGUUCUUCUAUGCAAGCGCCAAAGAUACUCCUAUCGGAAGAAAGAAUUUUUUGACAAGGACAAUAUUAACAUUUCCUAUUUAUACGAAGACAAUAGCCAAUAGUUCAAUGUAUUUUAACUAUAAUAAAAAACCUGGCUGUAUGCAUUUGGAGAAUCCUGUAGACAUAAGAAUAAAGCAAAAUUAGUAACAAUUUUUGCAUAAGGUUGAGACGGAGUGGCUGGCGAGGAGACGACAUGCG